AUCCAGAGGGAGCGCUGCAGCGACCGCAAGGCGACAAUGGCCACGUAUGACAGUUUAAGACGUCAAACGCGAACAUUGGAGUCUCUCAUCGAUGCUAAGCUCACAGCAUACUCUAGGCUAGCUGCUUCUAUUUCGUUGGGUCAGGAUCUGGAAGCUGGAGGCAAUUCCGACAGACGGGUAGACAUGGAACAUGAACUGGAAGAUUUGCUGGAGAAACUAAAAGAGACUCACGAAGAAAUGGUUGCUAUAUUAAACAACCCUGUCGCCGCGCCUUCCCAAAGCGUUCUGCACGCAGUACAACGGCAUAGAGAUGCGUUACAAGACUAUACGCGAGACUUCCACAGAGCAAAGGCAAAUGUGCAGUCCGCGCUGGAUAGAGCGAACUUGCUAGGUUCCGUGCGGAAUGAUAUCGAUGCGUAUAAAACUGCUCAUGCGUCAGACGCCGAUGCUCUGCUGGCUGAGAGAGGACGAAUAGACAGCUCACACCGGAUGACGGAUGGUUUGAUAAUGCAGGCGCAGGAGACGCGUGAAGACUUUGCACGACAGCGGUCCUCACUUGCAGGGGUUACUACUCGCGUGCAAGGGUUGAUACAUGCUCUACCUGGUAUCAAUUCUUUGGUUUCGAUGAUUCAAUCAAGACGGCGAAGAGACAGUUUGAUCCUCGGCCUCACUAUCGGAAUAUGCACCAUUCUCCUGCUCGGUUACAUGUGGCGCUGAAGUUUCGUUGUGUAAUUGAUUUGUUUAUAUUUUGUACUUAUAACGGACUGAGCCCUCAUUAUAUUUUUCACCGCCUAUUGCAUUGUCCCUGUGAAUCGUCGAACAGCUCGAAUUCUGACUCCCUUACUCCCGUCAUUACAAAAUGUCAGAAUCCCAUCACUACGGAGUAUGUA